AUGGAGGAGGUGGUGGAGUAUGAGGUGUUGGAGGUGGACUUGGUGGACAGCUCCUUAAUCCAGCAUCUCAUUAUUCCGGCAGCUCAUUAUACCAGCAGCUCCUCAUCCAGCAUCUCAUUAUUCCAGCAGCUCAUUAUUCCAGCAGCUCAUUAUUCCAGCAUCUCAUUAUUCCGGCAGCUCAUUAUUCCAGCAGCUCCUUAUUCCAGCAUCUCAUUAUUCCGAAGCUUACUAUUCCAGCAGCUCCUUAUUCCAGAAGCUUACUAUUCCAGAAGCUCAUUAUUCCGGCAGCUCAUUAUUCCAGCAGCUCAUUAUUCCAGCAGCUCAUUAUUCCAGCAGCUCCUUAAUCCAGCAGCUCAUUAUUCCGGCAGCUCAUUAUUCCAGCAGCUCCUUAUUCCAGCAUCUCAUUAUUCCGGCAGCUCAUUGUUCCAGCAGCUCCUUAUUCCAGUAUCUCAUUAUUCCGGCAGCUCAUUAUUCCAGCAGCUCCUCAUCCAGCAUCUCAUUAUUCCAGCAGCUCAUUAUUCCAGAAGCUUACUAUGCCAGCAGCUCAUUAUUCCGGCAGCUCAUCAUUCCAGCAGCUCCUUAUUCCAGAAGAUUACUAUUCCAGAAGCUCCUUAUUCCAGCAGCUCAUUAUUCCAGCAGCUCAUUAUUCCAGAAGCUUACUAUGCCAGCAGCUCAUUAUUCCAGAAGCUUACUAUGACAGCAGCUCAUUAUUCCAGCAGCUCAUUAUUCCAGCAGCUCAUUAUUCCAGAAGCUUACUAUUCCAGCAGCUCCUUAUUCCAGCAUAUCCUUAUUCCAGCAGCUCAUUAUUCCAGAAGCUUACUAUGA